AAUAUACAAUGAUGAAGAAAAAACAAAACAUUACUUGUUAUUUUCAUGGAUUGUGCCGUUUGUACAUGAAGGAGAAAUCUAAUAUAAAUUAUUUAAAUUGAAAAACGUACGAAUUCGGAUUAAUACUUUCUGGAGCUCACUUCUUCCCAAUUUCAACCAUAUGCUAAGUUCUUCGGGGGGGAAAACGCCUCUCUAUCGAUUUUUUCCGCGACUUGUUGCAUCGACGAUCUCAUGAGUUCAGAAUCGGACAGUCUGUUGGGUGAAGAAGACCACGAGAGUUUGUUAAGAAACACGCACAUGGAGGCUCAAGCAGAACAUGCCAGACUCAAACAGUAUAACACUCUCUACACCAUAACGACCAUACUCGGAGGGGGUUUGGUCAUUCUAACGUUCAUAUGGCUGGAUCAUUAUGUAGGAGGUUUCUCAUUAGAGAAGCCAAACACUGAGUUCAACUGGCAUCCUUUUCUGAUGGUGACAGGGAUGUUGUUCCUCUAUUCUCAAUCCAUACUAGUGUACAGGACCGGAAGAAACACGAAGAAAUUCACUCUGAAGUGCGUUCAUGCAGGUCUUCACAUAACUAUACUCAUUAUGGCAUCUUUGGGAUUGAAAGCUGUUUUCGAUUCCCACAAUUUUGCUUCUCCUCCUAUCGCCAACUUGUACUCACUCCAUUCAUGGCUUGGCAUACUGACCUUCGCCCUUUUCUGCGGACAACUUCUGAUUGGUUUCACCACUUUCUUGUUUCCUGGAGGAAGCAAGGGUUUAAGAGCAGCAGUUAUACCCUAUCACGUGAGCCUGGGAUCUGCAGGAUUCUUCAUGGCGAUAGUUACAGCCAUCCUGGGAUGGACUGAAAAAGUUAUGUUUUACUUGGGUAACAGCUAUGAGAAAUUGCCGUUUUCUGCGACUUUAUUGAAUUUAAUUGGAGUUGUGACGGUAAUAUUCGGCAUUCUGACGUUACAUCUUGUGAAUGAUGUCCGAUACGCUAGAGAAGAGGUCAUUGAAGAUGAAGUUCCAUUAUCAGGAGAACGAGAUUAAUAAAUAUCGAAAUGAGAAGUAAUCGAAAUUGUCAGAGUCUAGUCAGAGACUAUACUGUAUUUAAUUUAGUGUUUGUUAUACUUAUCAUUCAUUUUGGUGCUAAAAAAAGAGUGAUGCAAAGAAAUCUAACCAAAUAUGUUGGUGCUAUUGUAUAAUAUUUUGUUAUUAUAUGUUAUAAUAAAG